GAAGCGCGCGGCGGAGGGCGCAGGGCAGGCCGGCGCCGCCGUGGACGCGGGGACGCUCGCUCGCUCCCUCCCUCCCUCCGACGCUAUCAAUGAUGCUGUUUGGAAAUAUUUCCCGGCAGUUGUGUGGCUUAAAGAAACUCCCGUGGUCAUGUGACUCCAGAUACUUCUGGGGCUGGUUGAAUGCCGUGUUUAAUAAAGUGGAUCACGAUCGUAUCAGGGAUGUCGGCCCUGACAGGGCGGCGUCCGAGUGGCUGCUGCGCUGUGGGGCCAUGGUGCGCUACCACGGCCAGGAGAGGUGGCAGAAGGACUACAACCACCUGCCCACAGGCCCUCUGGACAAGUACAAGAUUCAGGCGAUUGAUGCCACUGAUUCUUGUAUCAUGAACAUUGGAUUUGAUCACUUGGAGUGCGUACAGCAUGUUGAAAAAAUAAGGCUAUGCAAGUGUCACUAUAUUGAAGAUGGCUGUUUGGAGAGACUUAGUCAACUUGAAAAUUUACGAAAAAGCCUAUUGGAAAUGGAAAUAAUUUCAUGUGGGAAUGUCACAGACAAAGGUAUCAUUGCUUUGCAUCAUUUAAGAAACCUCAAGUAUUUGUUUUUAAGUGAUCUUCCUGGAGUAAAAGAAAAAGAAAAAAUUGUCCAAGCCUUUAAGACAUCGCUGCCUUCUCUGGAACUAAAAUUGGACUUGAAGUAAAAUAAUAAUAUUCAGUAAGUGUCUUAUUUCAAUUUAAAGUAUCACUUGAAAUUGUUGGCCCUGAACAGCAACAAAUCUUAUAUAAUCAUCAACAGAACUGUAAGGAUGUUACAUCAUGACAUUCUAGAAGCAGAGCCCAUCAUGUAGAAAAUAAACAUUCAGACAUGAUUCAUUGAAGUACUAAGUUGGAAGUGAGAAUUUAUGUACGUUAAAUCAUUUUAAGAAAAAUGAAAACCAGGUACUAUUUUAAUUCUAAUAUAGUCCUCAUUUUGUAUAGAUACCUGUACAGGUAUCUCUUGAUGUAGACAUUUUAAAAUGAUUCAAAUGUACAACACAUUCUUUAACAGUAGUUUAUGUUAGAUUUUACUUUAAAAUUAUUGAAGCAUGUUACUAUAAAUGUACAAUUAUGAAGAAUUUAAAGCUAAAUUUCAGAUUUAUUGAUAGAGUCAAUUAUGCAGAGCAGCCAGGGUUGCUGGGGCAUUCACACUGCUUGCCAGGACUUGCAUGCAUGUCUCAUGAUCCUGCAUUCCUGUGUUCUUUAUAACAUCCUUUCUCUGAAUGAACAGUUUCUGGCUAAUUUGUCUAUAUUGUAAGCUUGAUCUGGUGUUUUAUUAAAAUUAAACAUGAAUACUU